AUCAGCCCUUGAAACUUUUCUCUUUCGCCAGGAAACCCUAGAGUUUAGCGAAACGCCCCCUCGCCCACCAAACAAUUCGAUCGGGCUCCAAGACAGCAAAUGGAGUCGGCAGCGCUGGUGGUCGGGAGGAAACGCCGCCGCAGCGACUCUCCGUCGCCUUCUGAUGAUGAGUUGGAGGAGGGAGAGUUGGCGCCGUCCUUGCUUCACACAGAAGGGCUCGGCGGCCUAUGGAGAGCUCACAGAGCCUCCCCGGCGGCGGGCUUGCUCCGACGUGUCUGGAGAGCUCUCCGAGACUCGAGGCUCUUCAAACGGCAACGCAAAGAAGACGAGUUCACGAAGAGAAACGAGGUCCUGGUUCUGGUUUUCGAGAGGCUCUGCAUCCGAGAUCUGUUCAGGUGCUCCAUCACCUGCAAGGAAUUCCAGACAGCACUUGCUUCGCAUGACUUCAGAGGCGCCUACCGUCAAGUCUCCAGAGGACCUCUCCUGGCAGUAUUUUACUCAUCCCUACUCCAGCCUGGUACCAGUUGCCCGACCACCACAGCAGUCUUUUCAGAAUGUUUUGCUGAGUUUGGACUUCGGACAGAGAUUUAUCGUCAUUGCUGAUUCAAGAGAUGGACAUCUUCUGCUUGUAAAUUGUUUUGGCAUCCCGUACCAGCGGUUCAUGAUUUGCAAUCCAGUGGCCCGUCUUAGGAGGGAGGUUCCAAAGCCACCCUACAGGCCUGAUCUUGUGUAUCUUACGGCCGGAUUCAUCCCAAGUACAGGUCCAAGUGGAUUCCAGGUCAUCGUACUGUAUGCUCAUGCUACAUCAAGUGAUAUAUUGGUGAGCUCUAGGUAUUUGUCGGCAAAGAACACAUGGAAAUCAGCUAUCCACAGUUUGGAGCAUAGCGUCAAUUCACUGCGUGAGCGUGAUAUUAGGGCACCAUCAGUCCUCAUCGGGAACACACUGAAUAUUCUAGUGAGAAGCAGAUUUGUUCUCAAAGUUCGUCUUGGAGAGCUGAAUGUUCUUGGAGAGCUGAAUGUUCAAGUAUCCCAGAUCCUACUUCCAGCUCCACAUGUUGGAGAAGAACAGACCAUCAGUGCAAAUCUUAUUGGAAAAGUUGGUGGAAGAUUGUGCUGGAUUGGUGCUACCGGAGGAGGCUUUCAAGUAUGGAUGUGCAAUGAGUCGACAAAUACCUUCUCAGACCCUUUAUGUGACUGGAGUCGAUGAAACACCACGCCUUCUUGGCUUUGCGGAAGAGAAUUCUAUUGUGAUAGUUCAGCCUCGCAUUCUCGUCCCAGAAAAUCUGCAACUUAUCCACCUUGAUACAGAGGAGCGAGAACUGGUAGCAAGAGAGGGAGCUGACUUGUUCAUAUUCGGUUACGAGCUGGAGUGGCCUCCAUUCUCCAACUUAAGAAGGCACGCGGGUCAGGGUGCAAUGUGGGAAGUGUAUUAGAUAUAGGACACAGAUUUUAGCUGUUCACGAAUUUUCUUGUCCCUUUUACUGCUCACAAAUCUGUAGAUGAAGAAAAACUUACAUACACACGGGCCGGGUUGCAAUGUGCGAGGCACUGCGAGGUGUACUACUAUUAGAUACUAUAGGACACAGAUUUUAGCUGUUGAGAAAUUUUGAUGUCUCUUUUACUGCUCACAAUGUGUAGAUAAAGGAAAAACUUACA